UGUCCAUUUAUAUCUGUUUUCCUUUACAUUUUAGUUACUUUUCACUGAGUAACACCUCUUAGAUAUUAAAUGCAGUUGUAAAUAUUGGUAUAACUGUGUGGUGUUGUAGCUUUCUUGGUUUUUAUUGCUCUAUAUAGACUGUCCCGUAAGCAGCACGCCCACUGUGGACCUGCCCUCUGCUCUAUUCACUUCACCCUGGUCCAACUCACACACGAGGCCUAAAGGAGCAAGCUUCGGCCUCUGUCAGAACAUUCCAAGAGUUAAUUCCUAAAACUCCCAGGCUGUUGAUGGCUCUUGAGUACCUCCCUGUACUUGAGAUCUUCAUGGCCGUACUGGGUUUCGGCCUGACCAUCAUGUUCUGCACCACGUUCUGUCGAGCCUGCAGUCGUCUGAGGCAGGAGCAGAUCGAGAGGGAGGCCUGGAGACGCGCCGAGCAUGACGGGAGACCGCCCUCCAUCUUUGUGAUCCCCUUCCCUAGAAGUCUAUCCCAGGACAGCGACGACAUGGUCCAACGCCACAGCCAGGACGUCCCCCUGCAGUAUAUGAACGGAGCCUUCUGCGAGCCCCCUCCUGCAUACAACGAGUUGGAUUUUAAGCCGGAUGACCUCCCCCCUGCGUACACAGAGUACAGUGUCCCAGUGUAUCCUCUGCACCCCGCCCCGGCAGCAGUGGCCCAAGCGCACGGCCCGUCCCAGCCCUAAGAGCCCUGUUUGUCGCAGGCCGGUCCCAUUAUUGCACUGCGCACGGUUUCUGCUUUUUAUUGUGUCUGUUUUUUUUAUGAGGAACGAUGUGUGUGUUCUGUGGUUUAAAGGCAUUGUCAGAGCUCGAUCACAGAGUCAGAGUCAGAAAAAACACUAAAAACACAAAAAAACACUAAACACUCACAAAAAAUACACUAAACACACACAAAAACCACCAAACACUCACAAAAACCACCAAACACUCACAAAAAAUACACUAAACAGCCACAAAAAAACACUAAACAGCCACAAAAAACACCAAACAUCCACAAAAAACACUGAACACACACAAAAAACACUAAACACACAAAAAAUACACUGAACACACACAAAAAACACUAAACACACACAAAAAACAUUGAACACACAAAAAGUCUGAUCCCUCCUGUAAUGUGACACUCGCUCAUUCGUCCGUCUCCAGAACACAUUUCAAAACAUCGCUGAAAUUCUAACAACUCUGUGGUUUUUACAACCACAAUGGCGCCACCAUGUGGACCCUUUUGCAGCACCUUAUCCUUUAUCCCUGUCAAUAAUGAUCCUGUGAAAAGUUCUUUUUAAAUACAGUAUGUGAUAAUUUAUUUAUUGAUGAUCUUGAUACGAGGAUAUUGAGCUGUAUUAUUUUAAUUACAACAGUUUAGUGAGUAACG